AUGGGGUUUUCAAACUUACCUGCUGACUUGAUCUUCUACAUCGCCACUUACUUCCAAUACGACAGCGAUUUGAACUCGUUCAUAAGAACAAGCAAAUCCACUCAUCGUUUGCUGAAUGAUUUCCUAUAUCGACACAAUGUCCUCUAUUUUGGUAGCUCCGCCCUUGAAUGGGCAGCGCGAAAUGGUGUCGAGAAUACUGCGCGAAUGUCACUAGAAGCCGGCGCCUUACCAAGUGCCUGUGUGGACGAAGAAUGGCAGCCGAUGGCCUUAGCAGCGGCUCACGGACAUGACAACGUGGUCAAGUUAUUUCUAGACCUAGGGCUCAAUCCAUGUAGAAGGGAAGGGUGGCGACCCCUCACAGAGGAGUUUCUGAACCAGGAGGAGUUCGAGGAAGACGGAUACCCGAACAUCUUAUUCAAGCCUGAGAGUGAUCCGCUCACCCUCGCGAUUAAGAAUGGCUGCGAAAAUGUUGUACGCGUGCUGAUCAUGCAUGGUGCCACGAGAGGGUGGAACAACCAAAAUGCGAUCGCUGCUAUCUACCUAGCUGUCAUCGGUGGGCACUUGGAACUGGUCAAAUUACUGGUAGAAUUGUUUCCUCAAAGCAUCAAUGAAGUCACUCGGGAUGGUGGGAAGGGUCCUUUUACAUUUGCGAUACAGCACAAUGAACCGGAAAUUGCUCGAUUUUUGGGGAGUAUCGGAGCCGAUGUAAAUGUUGCAUGCGACAGGAAAAUUACUCCACUAGGCUUGGUCGCCUAUCGAGGCAAUCUUGAGACUAUCAAGUUCCUCGUGGAGAACGGAGCCUGUCCGGAUCCCGAGAUGUAUGCCGAUGCUACGUUAUGGCCUUUGAGAUGGGCAGCUGAACGCAAGAGAUAUGAUGUUGUGGAAUACCUCCUCACAAAGAUUGAUGUGAAUGCUAAGAUCUCUAAGGGGGGCGAGGACUUGGCUAUCCUUCUACUUGUUUCGGCACUUUGUGGACUUGAGAGCCUUCUUCGGGAGAUCCUUGCGAGUGGAUGUGAUGCAAACAUCGUUUGCUGUCAUGCCUAUCCCGAUUACUCUUCCCAGUCCCGCCCAGCACUCUCCGCAGCCGCAGGAAGAGGGCAUGUUGAUAUCGCCACUAUUCUUAUAGAACAUGGUGCAAGCCUGUAUGGAAAGAAACCAGCUAAGUACACGGGCUAUGACUCACAAACUCAACCGCUCUUUUCAGCCUGUCGAGGAGGUCAUAUCGAGAUAGUGAAGUUGCUGCUCGAUCAUGGGCUCGAUCUUGAGAAGGCAGAGAACGAACGAAAGUCAGCUGUGAUUGCAGGCAUAAAGUUCCCCCAGAUCAUUGAUUUGCUUCUUUCGCGAGGUGCGGAAGGCCAGGCUCAUUUCUACAAUGAAAAAGCAAAUCCGAUGACAACGGCCGUUAAGUCUGGGGGUAUUUCAUCUAUACAAGUCUUACUCGACCAUAAUGUGCCCGUUGGACCUUCGGCCUUUUUCGCCUGGAACGAAAAUUUGAUUGGCGAAGCAUCAAAAACGAAGGAUGGACCGGUUAUCCUGGAUCUUCUUGCUGCACAUGGUGUGGUGGCUCAGGCAGACGACAGAGACGCGCAACAGUCGUUGAGAGACACAAUAGUACGAGGAGGUGCAGAAGUCACUGAGUUCUUCCUCAAAAGGGGGUUUGACCCAAACUUGAAAUGGGACGGUCACUCGAGCUAUUCAAGAUCAUACCUCGAGGAUGCAUUGAAAGCCAAGCACCUAGAAGCUGCAGAGGCAACGAUUGUUGUGCUCAUGCGCUACGGUGCAGAUAUCAAUAAUCUUGAGGGCUACCAACACAAUUUCAUGGCCUUUGAUGGUGAGUUAAAGUGCCUUAAUUAUGCUCGGCUUCUUCUGGAUCGAGGAGCAAAUCCUCUUCCGGAACAUCGCUUUGGUUUGUCGCUACUUGAGUUCGCGGCUAAGAAUAACUUCAAAGCGUUUCUUCGCGAGGUAUUGCGCUAUAUCGAUGCUCAAAAUCUACCAUUUAUCGAUAUACAGCGAAAUUUCUCUUUGGUUGAGUCGCAUCCUAAAGUACGGGGAAAUUGGCAUGCUAUGAACAUCUGGGAGAGCUUCUACUGGAGAAAUAAAUAUCCCAUGUCUUCUUGA